AUGCAGCUCACAACCCUCCUCGCCGUUUGUGUGGCUGCCCUGACCAGCACCGCCGCUGCAAUGCCCCGUCUCUCGGGGGCGUAUCACGGUGCCCGCAUCUCUGUUCGUGUCCCAACCAAUGCAACUAGUUCCCACAAUGCCACUACAACGGGUACACGGGGAAAAGUUCCCCUGUCGACGGGAGCGUCUCAUAUGAACCGCGUUAAUGUCAACCGGUGUCAUGAGCUAUGCUCGUUGCAGUCUCAGACUUGCUCGAUUGCUGUACCGGAUGAUGAUAAGUUUUGCUGGUCAAUUUACUUGCAAUGCACGGAGAAGUGCCACCCGGAGAAUUUCUACAAGUAA